UUGAUUGUUCUCAUCCUAAUUAUUAUAUUCAAAGACUCCUGUUUCCACUUCCUUAAUGAGAGAAAUGAUUCUUAAGGAGUCCAUUUAGAAUGUGCUGACACAGAAAGAACGUGCAAAGCAACUUGCAGGGCAACGUAUAAACCAAUUUGCAAAAUCAGGAUGAAACAAUAGCUUGCUGAUUAAAGAAGCGAUACAGGUAACGGGAAGACAUGCUUAACGGUUGAACAAUAACGGUGUUAAUGCGCUGAGGCUGAUAAGUGGGCCAAAGGGUAGUCACAUUUGUAAUUUUGUAAUGAGAUUAAGGAAGAAUGUCUGCACCUCACAUGGGUGCAACUCACAAAGUCGUAAACAACUAGGGUAUAAAAAAACUGUGCAAAGUGUAAUUCGGCACUCAAUCUAGCAGGAGCUGGUUGGGUCCGACUCUGCAGACUCGAAAAAUAAAGUUUACCGUUCUGCAAAUUGCUGAGACUCAGUGUGUUUCUGACAACGUGGGGGCUCGUCCGGGAUCCACACUCCGGCCGCGGUGGACACGAGGAAGGACAUUGGAGACGGUGCACCCCGCCGAGUUUGGCGGUCCCUGACUUCUUGCUCGUCGCUCCAACGCGGCUUGAGCGAGUGAUAUCCGGACAGCGCAGAGCGGUAAACGGGGAGAAGGGGACAGUACCUGGUACUGGAAGUCCCCAGGACGCACCGGGUAAGUGCCUACUAUUAUAGUAGAAAGGUGCGGGAAUAAGUAAGGACGGAGAAGACCGGGAUCGCUACCCGGGGGUCCUCCUGAUUAAGUAAGAGCGGAAUAAGAUGGGAGGGGGUGGCUCUAAAAAGAAAGAGGAAACGGAGAGACCGGGACCAUACCCGGGGGUUCCUCCUGAUAGCCCCCUCGGUAGAAUGUUUGAGAAUUGGGGAUGUGGAAGACUAAAAGGGAAACAAAAGAAAAAAAUGAUACAGUACUGUUUAAUUUGGUCGAAACAGCCGAUAGAAAAACCUGCGGUCUGGUGGCCGCGGCUUGGGUCUGAGGAGGAUUGGGUACGACAAGCCUUAAACAUUUACGUUAAUUCAAAACCAAAUGUAAAACCGGAAGAAAUUGCUUAUGCUUUUUGUUGGGCUCCCUGGCCAGGAGUAACAACAAAGAGUUUUAAAUUGGGCAUUAAAGGGGAGCGGAAGUGGGACCCACUCGAUCAUUUACCCCCUCCCUAUGUCCAGCCUUCUGCGCCCCUUGCGGGAGCAGAGGGAGAACGUGAAGAAAGUGAAAAAACAGAAGAAAUAGACCCGGAGAGGGAAGAGAGGGAUGUUAGGGAAAAAGCAAAAGCAAGGAUCGAAACAAGGAGUGUGACAGGAGCAGAUAAGAAAAAGAAAGACGAAUUAAAAAAGGAAGAGGUACAGCUGUGUCCCCUUCGAGAGGUUCCAAUGGGAGGAGAACGGGGAGGAACAGGAUUUGUAAACGUCCCUCUGACAAGUACCGAAGUACGAGGAUUUAAGAAAGAUAUGAAAACUUUAUUAGAAGAUCCAAUGGGACUGGCAGAACAGUUGGAUCAAUUCUUAGGACCUAAUGUUUACACUUGGGAAGAAAUGCUUGCGAUUAUGGGAACGCUAUUUUCUGCACAAGAGAGGCAAAUGAUACGACAAGCUGCAAUAUCAAUUUGGGAAAGGGAACAGCCGAAUGAGUUACCGGGGGACCGGAAAUUUCCAGUAAACGACCCACAGUGGGACAAACAAGCAGAAGAGAGAAGACGGCAAUAUCCCAUUGCCAUGGAAGGGAGGAGGGGAUUACAACCUGUAAUUGAGACAUUAGUAUCAGAUGGACUCCUGGAAGAAUGUAUGUCACCCUUUAAUACUCCCAUCCUACCGGUCCGAAAGCCCGACGGCACGUAUCGAAUGGUUCAAGAUCUGAGAGGCUUAAAUGCGGUAGUCCAAACACGACACCCGGUAGUGCCUAACCCCUAUACAUUAAUGAGCAAAAUACCUCCUGAACAUGAAUGGUUCAGUGUGAUAGAUCUAAAAGAUGCCUUUUGGAGUUGCCCGUUGGAGGAAGGUAGCCGAGAUAUGUUCGCAUUUGAAUGGGAAAAUCCCUUCACUGGGCGGAAGAAGCAACUCCGGUGGACCGUCUUGCCCCAAGGGUUCACGGAGUCCCCAAACCUAUUCGAACAGGUACUGGAGCAAGUAUUGGCUGGAUUCCAUUGUACCGAAAAGAACCAACUAUUACAGUAUGUCGAUGACCUACUACUAUCGGGACCAGCAGAGGAGGUAGUGCGAGACGAUACUAUAAGACUCCUGAAUUACCUAGGAGAAAAAGGAUUGCGGGUGUCCAAGAAGAAACUGCAAUUUGUCGAGAAGGAAAUAACAUACCUCGGACACAGUCAGUAAAGGGCACCGCCAAAUAACCCCAGAAAGAAUAGCGGGAAUAACUAAAAUACCGCUUCCCAGGACAAAGAAGGAAAUAAGACAAUUUCUGGGCUUAGUGGGCUAUUGCCGAAUUUGGAUAGAGAAUUAUACCUCCCUGGUGAAGUUUAUGUACGACAAAUUGGCAAAGGAAGACCGGGGAAUAAUCAGCUGGACCGAAGAAGAAGAACAGAAGUUCAGGAAAAUAAAAGGGCAACUAAUUCGGGCCCCGGUAUUAACACUGCCAGCACUGGAAAAGUCCUUUCAGCUGUAUGCAACAAACAAUGAAGGAACUGCGUUAGGAGUACUAACCCAAGAAAAAGGAGGAAAGCGGCAACCUGUGGCCUUUUUAUCAAAAAUGUUAGACCCGGUAUCCCGGGGAUGGCCGACGUGCAUACAAGCCGUAGCGGCAGCAGCCGUACAAGUAGAAGAAGCACGGAAAUUAACCUUUGGGGGAAGAAUGACGGUGUAUACCCAGCACUCCGUUAGCACCCUCUUAGCCCAAAAAGCUCAGCGGUGGUUGACGGACUCUCGCAUACUGAAAUACGAAAACAUUCUGAUGGUCGGGGAUGAUGUAAGCUUUGAAAGGAACAAUAGUUGUAACCCGGCACAGUUCUUAUACGGGGAAUCAACAGGGGAGCCCGACAAACAUCAGAAGGCGAGUGGAAGACCCCCGACGGACGGCAAGUACUGAAUAAGGAAGUAACUCGUCAUAUACUGCAACAACUACACCAACAAAGCCAUUGGGGAGUGCAAGCUAUGUGCGACACUAUCCUAAGGGACUAUGUUUGUAAAGGGAUAUUCACACUAGCUCAACAGGAGGUGUGGGGCUGUUACACCUGCCAAAAGAAUUGCGCAGGAAGGGGUUACUCGCACAAACCCCACCUCUGGACUUCGCACUCCACCGAACUCAGCCUGGUGACUGGGUCCUGAUUAAGACUUGGAAGCCAGAGAAGUUACAGCCGCAGUGGGAAGGCCCAUUCCAGGUGCUACUGACCACCGAAGCCGCAGUAAGGACAAAAGAAAAAGGGUGGACCCACGCCGCGAGAAUCAAGGGACCCGUAAAGCCCGAAGAAGGUGCAGAAUGGACUUGCGUCCAGGGAGAAGACCCGAUGGUGCUAAAGCUCAAAAGACGGACAGAAUGAACUUUGGGACUGUAAUGUAUAUACUGCUAUUGUUGAGAAGCGCUGAAGGGGGAUGUGAUAAGUGCAGGACGACGGUAAGGGUGGGCAUGACGGUUUUUCCAGGGUCCUUUGUAUCACACUCGCAUGUAAACGAGAAAUGUUAUGACUACAACAAAAAGGAGGAGUAUGUGGAAAGUUUAAUCUAACCAACUGCUGCUUAAAGAUAGAUGACAACGGAAAGGUGGUUCAAAAAAUAUCAGAUAAAAUAAGGAAACUGGCCCACGUGCCGGUACAGACCUGGAAGCCGCUGGGGUAUUGGGACUGGCUGGACGGAUGGUUGAAAGGAGGCUGGUGGUGAACCGCUUUAGGGGUUAUAGGAGGGGGAUUGAUGGUCCUCCUUCUGCUACCAUGUCUGAUCCCCUGCUUGCGGGAGCUAGUAGCUCGGGUGGCAAGACAAGUCAUGCAACCAGGGGCCCCAGCUGAUCCUGUUCAGGUACUCCUACAAAGGGAAAUAGAGCUAGAGGAAGAAGCCUAUGUAAACCCGUGGCAAAAGCCCAACUGAUAGCACAUUCUAAAAAGAAAAAGGGUGGAUUGAGAGAAAUGAUUCUUAAGGAGUCCAUUUAGAAUGUGCUGACACAGAAAGAACGUGCAAAGCAACUUGCAGGGCAACGUAUAAACCAAUUUGCAAAAUCAGGAUGAAACAAUAGCUUGCUGAUUAAAGAAGCGAUACGGGUAACGGGAAGACAUGCUUAACGGUUGAACAAUAACGGUGUUAAUGCGCUGAGGCUGAUAAGUGGGCCAAAGGGUAAUCACAUUUGUAAUUUUGUAAUGAGAUUAAGGAAGAAUGUCUGCACCUCACAUGGGUGCAACUCACAAAGUCGUAAACAACUAGGGUAUAAAAAAACUGUGCAAAGUGUAAUUCGGCACUCAAUCUAGCAGGAGCUGGUUGGGUCCGACUCUGCAGACUCGAAA